AUGAAACGGUGUAAAAACUCUCCAUCGUGUGUUAACUGCAACCUUCCCCCCCAUUCCCCAAACGAUUGUACUCGUGUAUUUUGUGCAAAUUGUGCAGAAGACCACCCCGCAUCAUCAAACCAAUGUAAAAAGUUCAUCCAACAAAAAGAGAUUCUCAAAAUAAAAACAACACAAAAAUGUUCAUUGCGUGAUGCUAUUACAAUUCACAAAGAAAAAUCAAAUACCUUAGUUUCAUCCACCUCCUACUCCGCAGUUACCGCCAAUAACACCAUUUCUACCUCUACCAAUUCAAAAACAACAACUAACAUUUUAUCCCAUAACUCUAAUAUACAAAUAAUUGAAAAACCAACAGAAAACCUCUCCACUUUACGCUCAACGCAUAUAAAAAAUCUCACUACUGAGUUUAAUAAAACAAUCGAUAAAAUAAAACAAAAUUCCACAAUAAACGAACAAAAAUCAACAAUAAACAAAGUGCAAACAAAUGACAAACAAUCCGAUCCAACAACAAACAAACCACUAUUCUCUUGUAAUUUAGCUACCAACAAAAACAUAUAUUUAUCUCCACUAAAAUCAAUUGAUCUCUCAGAGAGCAGUUCUAACUCAGUAACUCCCGUAGAACAAAUACAAUUUAUGACAACUGACGAUGAUGCAUCGUCAGAUUAA